AUGUUUUCGCCUCUGUUAUUCGGCGCGUCCUUGUUCGCCACCGUCCAUGCCGCCUCGUCCUCUUUCCCUGCAGGCGUUAUCGCUACUGGGACACAAGGGGUCACGAACCCGCCGGUCCCGACCAUGGGGACACCUGUGAACCAAUCGAGCAUGGCACGACUCCUCACCAUCAACUCUAUUGACGACUUUUGCAUUUUUGCGCCGCCAACUGUAUCCGAUAUUGGCAACUCAGAGACGGAAGAAGUGGCCUGGUGUACUAAAGCACGGAAUAACGCUCGUAUCAUCCCCGAUGGUACUCUGACUGGGGUCUCUUUCCUGCGAAAUUCGUUCUACGUUCAAGUCUUGGGAUUUGGAGACUUCACCAAACUCAACAUACCCGCAGGCGACCAAGGUGGAGAACUCGAUCCGCAUGGCGCGACUGGAGCUGGCAAUCCUGUUGGUGGAAACGUUACGACCAACAUUGUGGACAAUGUCGAUGAACCAAUAGCAGAGUGGAUGCUCUUCAUAAGCGACACCAUGUUCUGCAUCCGAGCAUGCGUCAACGCCAAUGCAACCUACGACGCGGCUCAUAUGUGUUGGCACGAAUUGGAUGAAAUGGGUUGCGAGUUCGUCAUGCCCGGAAACUACAACUUCAACGGAACUUUCGAGACCUGUGAUGCCGACAUUGCCUACCCGCCAGGCUGGUACCCCUCCGUCGACGCCAGCGGCUCAACUUCUUUCUCCACAUUCGCUCAAUUCUUCACUGGCGUCUUCACUGGCGCAAACGGCCAGCCAACUGGCUUUACUGUGGGCGACACUGUCACCCCGACUGCACCAGCAAGCAUCCCCAGCUCGUCAAAUUGUGUCACUACCCCAACGAUUUCCAAUGGGAUUCAGUUGAAUGGCGCUGGGUCACCAACAAGUACCAGUUCGGUUGCAGGUGGGGGUGGUCCGGCUUCUGGAGCGGGAGGGCAAAGCGGGUCAACAGGAACAAGUUCAGGUCCUCAACCUACCGACUCUGGUAACGCUGCCUCGCGCGCAGCACGAGUCGGAGGAACGGAAGGAGAAUUUACCAUCAUCGCUCUCUUCGCGACUUUGGUAUAUUCUUACAGUGGGCUUGGACUUCAUGAACUUAGCUAG